ACGACCAAACCAUCCAGCUCAGAAGACAAGACCCCACUAAAGUCAUCCAUCGUACGUCUUAUUUUAUAUAGCUAUGUCCUUAGCUGGAGGCAUCAGUAAUCAACUAGUUCUAUUCUUGGAAGGUUGUUAAUCGGAAGCCUACUUUGUCCCAUCCAGAACCAUGUAAACUAUUCUGAAUAAGUUUUUGGGUUAAAGUGGUGGGGUUUAGUUAUUCAAACAUCUACUACUCUGCAAUUCGGCUUUACAAUUUCAUCUCGCUGUGCUAAUGAAGUAUGGUAACUAGAACGAUCGUAUACACGUACCAGGUUCUAUAUGGUGUUUGACUGACUGAUUUUCAUCUAGUUUGUGAACUGGAUUUACGUAGCAAACACAAACCACUGGGUAUUAUCUUCUAACACCACACAAAAAAUAGCUCACGCAUUCUCCAAGUUGUUAUUAUUAGCUAAAAUUAAUUACGGCCGUUAACGGCUGAUUUUGUCAUAUAAAUAAUUUGCACGUCCGUUCACUCACAACGUCAUAAGUUGAACCACACUAGUAAAAGUCAACGACAGUCUAGCUUUUUAGACCAAAACACGGUACGUCGAGCUAAACAGCCAUUUCAUAGCUAGAUUGAUAAACCACAUCUCGACGGUAAACUUUUAACUGUUUUUAAGCGCAAACUAUUCCUUUUCUGGCCAAUUGCCUUAUUAUUUACGGUUUUGUUAUCCUGUUACAGAAAAUGAACAAAUUUUCGGUCUUAUAUGAUCAUGUUUGUCAACGUGCUUCACGAUCCCUUAUGGAAGCACUUAAACCAUUUGACGGUAUCGAUACAGUUGCUACUCAUGGUGGAUAUGAUCCAGUAUAUUUAGAGGAAGUGGGGCGUCCUGUUGUCCCGCCAAUAACUUUGUCAUCUACUUUUCAACAGCUUUCUCCUGGUAUUGCCAAAUAUGAUUAUUCUAGGUCUGGGAAUUUCUCUCGGGAGUGUUUGGAAAAGUGCUUAGCAUCUCUGGAAGACGGCCAUGACUGCUGUGUCUUUAGUUCUGGUCUCGCAGCCUUAGGAACUCUCAUUCAGAUCUUAUCAAGUAAUGACCACAUCGUUGCGUUCGAUGAUCUAUACGGAGGAAAUGGGCGAUAUCUGCGUCAACUAGCUUCGAAAUCUGGGAUAACAUCUACUUUCGUUGACAUGCGUGAUCUGAAAUUGUUUCAACAGGCGUUACAGAAAAACACUCGUUUAGUCCUCAUAGAAUCUCCAUCAAAUCCUUUAAUGCGUCUAGUCGAUAUAAAUGCUGUUGCAUCUAUUACUCAUGAGUUUAACAAAGAAAUUAUUGUUGUUGUUGAUAAUACUUUCAUGAGUUCUUAUUUUCAACGUCCACUUGAUCACGGAGCAGAUGUGGUCUUACACUCUCUCACAAAGUAUAUGAAUGGUCAUUCUGAUUUAGUUAUGGGCGCAUUGGUUACACGAAAUCAAUCAGAACUACACAAGCAGCUAAGAUUCAUUCAGUAUGCUGCAGGAGCCGUUCCGUCUCCAUUUGACUGUUUUUUAUGUCUUAGAGGAUUACGCACAUUACCAAUACGAAUGAAAACACACAUGCAAAAUGGACUUAUAGUGUCUAUGAUGCUUGAGAAACAUCCGAUGGUUGAAAAGGUUCUACAUCCAGACGAAAUUGUAUCGAUAGAGCUUAACAUUUACAAAUAAUGGUAAAAUUGAUACCAAACAAUUACUUAUACCUUAGAUGAUAAUAUUAUAAACCCAAAUAUAUUUGAUUGAAUAGAAAUGAAGAGAAGAGGACAAAGAAGCUUUUCGACGAAAUCACUUACUUAAGCUGUACAUUCGUAUCUAAUAAAAAUUAUGGGAGAUUUAAAACGACUGUUGUAAUCAAUAUGUAAACAUAAUAACUACUAUUACUCGACCACUCACAAAAGAACAUAAAUCAUAAUUAUUUGAUCUUCUGAGAAAUCAGAAUUUAGUGUUGUUUACGCCAGAUUAGUGUAAGGGUGCUGCCUAUAUGGAUCUUAAUGAUUACAUUAUCAAAUUAUCCUCGAUAUUAUCAGAUGCUCUGGAGAAAUCAUUAAAAAAAGACAACUGAAAGAAACGGAACAGAUGUUGAGUAUACUGUGUACAACUUUAGUACUCGAACGCUUAAACCCUCAAAGUUUCAAGUUAGAAGAUAAGACGAAUAGGAAAGAAUCUUAUUUCAAACGGUGUCAAAAUAUGGUACAAAAACACUCUGGCAUUUAUAGCUUUCUAGUAAAAACGAAAUCAUCAUUACAAUAAUUCAAUCCGAAUGCAGUGACUUCUAGCAUUUAUCCAAUCUAGAAGCUACACGUCGAAUUUCCGGAACAUUCUCUCAAACGCUGAUUUGAUGGAAUGUCUUCGGCUUUUUCAGAGCUUCCUUGAGUUUCAUGUGCGCCUUCCCCACAUAAAAUCCCAAGGAAGAUGAGAGGUGAUUUUAUUAUUAACCGUGGCCUCUAUGAACAUCUUAGACCAUUGGAUUCCGCUAUGCCAAGGCUAUACGGACUCCCAAAAUUUCAUAAGAAGAACGUUCCCCUACGUCCUAUACUUGGUAUGAAUAGCUCACCGUAUCAUCUGAUUGUUAACUGGUUAGCUGAUAUUUUAAAACCCGUCAGAAAUCACAUCAAUCAGUAUAACCAUUUUAAUUCACUUGAUUUUGUUGACUCAAUUAGAAAUAUCUGUGUAAAUGGUUUCAUUAGAUAUCACUUCUCUCUUUACAAAUGUUCCACUCAGAGAAACUAUCUGUUUUUUAUGUGACUAUAUUGAA